ACGGCCGCCCGGCCGCCGCAGGCCCGCCGCGCCGGAUGCGUCUGCUGCCAGAGUGGGGCGUCCGCCCCGUCACUCCUGUGCCACAGAGCGUGCCAUGGCCUGGGAGAGCUCCGAGAAGCCGCCCUCCUGCCCCGCACGGCCAGACCUCCCCCGGCCCGCGCACGGUGCCCAGCCCGCAGCUCUCCAAGGAGGAGGGUGGCCCAGCCUGGGAGCACGCCCUGAGCAGCUGCCACUAAUCCUUCAGCCCAGCAGCAGGGAGUUGUUGGCAGCCUGAGGAGUGGCCAGCUGGGAGCCUCAGGGACCACCCGUCUCGCUCCUGGCUCACCCACAAGAUGUGGACAGCCCUGGUGCUCGUUUGGAUUUCCUCUUUGUCCUUAUCUGAAAGCCAAGUCCAGUCCCAGGAUCCAGGCCACUUGGUCUCCAACCAGACGGCGACCUCAGCCCAGGACACGUCAGUGUCAACGGCUGCAGGAGUCCUUAACGGGACGUCUGGAACGAUGACCGUGCUGACAUCUGCCGUCACACUGGCCACAGGGACCCGGGUGUCCGACCCCAGGCCUCCUGCAGUCACAGCAAGGGGCACGUUCAGGACAGACACGGCUGUGGAAGGCACCCCUGGCCCUGCAGCCUCCGGGGGACCCGCACCAGCUUCCCCGGUGUCGACGUGGCGGACUCCAGUCCCCACCCCUGCACCCGACACCCCCCCUGCGCCAGGCCCAAGCGUCAGCCCGCUGGCGAGCACGGCAGCGCCCACGACGCCAGCCACCAUUGCUCAGACCGCAGCUGGCACCACAGCGAGUGCCCACAGCCCGACGGGCACACACAGCCCUUCCACGGCCCACCCUGCGCACCCCCCGAGUCCCCUGGCACCUCAUGUGUCCACACAAGGCCUCACCGUCAGGGCGUCGGCGGCCCGGCCCACGACUGGCCCAGCAAGCGGGCACACACCCGCCCUCGCCAACACGACCCCAGAGCCCACCCUCCGGUCCACGGCUCCCGUGACUCCCGGGGCUCCCGCGUCUACCACGGCAGUGACCACCGCCAAGACGCAGGCCCGGGAGCCAGCUGCCAGCACAGCGCUGGCACCUGACCCCAGCCCGACCCCCAGGGUGGAGGCCACGUCCACCACGACACAGCCAGGCCCCGCUCUGUCCCCCCGGGGGGCUGUGGGGCCGGGCAUGCCCCCGACACCGGAGCAGGUGCGGCCCGAAACCCCGCCUGGCACUGCCUCCACCGCCCCGGUCCCCGGGAGCUCGGGGGGUGCCUCCAAGGUGCCAGCCUCAGCCCUGUGCCCGCUCAGCACGCAGGGCCAGUACCUGGUGGUCACCACCGAGCCCCUCACCCGGGCCAUGGUGAACACAAGCUUCCUUCUGGCGGUGCUCUUGCUCGGGGUGGCGCUCUUCUUCGUGGCCCUGGUCCUGCUGCUGCUGCAGGCCUACGAGGGCUACCGCAAGAAGGAGUACACGCAGGUGGACUAUCUGAUCAACGGCAUGUACGCGGACUCCGAAAUGUGAGGGGCCGCGAGGCGGGCCCCCCCUCCCCAGCCUUCCGUUUUGCCUCUGAGGCCAAACCAAGUGCUUCCAGGUUCUUUGGGUGCAGGCAGGACGCUUGCCGGACGCCCAAACGUACCGACUUGCUGUCGGCCGGGCUCCACGAGCACGCCAGAGUUGCUUUGUUCAUAUUUAUUUUUGUAAGCAAUCAUGUUAACGGAGCAGCGGUGGUCCCCGCCACGGGCAGGCCUGGCCGGGCCUCGGUGGCCAUCCUGCCCAGAAUUAAAGCAACGACCACUUUCCAUUCAGA